GGUCAGCUACUAUUGCCAGGAAGGGUACUUCCGUCACGUCCAGCUGGCCGCUGAUGAUGGUCUUCAGAAGUUUGGCAGCGACCCCGUGUUCCUGUUCUACCGCGCCUAUGGCAUGAUGAUGGAAGGUGACGGACGGCUUGUCGCUGGAUCUCUGGUGACCGUUGAAUGAGAAGCCAUCAGCUUCAAAUCCAGGCCGCUUCACUACCCCUUCCCCUGAGACCUGCCACCGGUUCUUGCGGUCAUGUUCAGGAGGCUAUUCGGGAACUUGAGUCUAUUAAAAACAAACAGGAGGUGUCCCUUUGCACAAUGAUGGCACUGAUCUAUGCCCAUAAAAAGAGCUCUAAUCCAGAUCGAGACGCUAUUUUGGAACUGGAUGCUAAAAUGAAGGAACAACGUAAGACUGCAGGACAGCAGGCCUUGUACUUUGCAGGGUUGUUUUUGUGGCAUCUUGGUCGUCAUGACAAAGCCCGUGAAUACGUUGAUAGAAUGAUCAAAGUUUCUAAUGGUAAUAAAGAGGGAUUGAUUUUGAAAGCUUGGCUUGAUCUCACCUGUGGAAGAGAAGCUUAUAUUAAAAAAGCUGUGAAAUACUUUGAUGAAGGAAUGCAAGAUGGGAAUGACCCUUUUGCCCUGCUGGGUAAGGCACAAUAUUUUGAGGUGCGCCAGAAUUAUUCAGGAGCUUUAGAAACUGUGAACCAGAUAAUAGCAAACUUCCCAGACUUUCUUCCAGCUUUCAUAAAGAAAAUGAAACUACAAUUAGCCUUGCAGGACUGGGAGCAAGCAGUUGAAACAGCACAAAGGCUGUUGCAGAAAGAUACUCUUAACUUGGAAGCCAUAAGGAUGGAGGCUCUACAUUUUUUGUGUAGGGAAGGUAAUAUACCUGAGGCUACAGCCAAGCUGGGAGACCUAAUUAAUGCAUUGGACAAAUUGGAACCACAUAAUCCUCAACUAUUUUGUAAAAUGGCAUUAGCUUUCAGCAGAACAUGUGGCCGGAACCAACUCAUUCUUCAACAGACACAGAUCUUAGUUGAAAGAGCAUUUGACCUGGCAUCCCAGGAUUCUGAAAUUGCUACAGAACUUGGCUACCAGAUGAUUUUACAAGGGAAGGCGAAAGAGGCUUUAAAAUGGUACAAGACUGCUAUGGUGCUUGAUGAGACAAGUGUUUCUGCACUAACUGGAAUUAUCCGAUGUCAGAUAAUUGAAGGGCAAUUAGAAGAUGCUGAUCAGCAGUUGGAAUUCCUUAACGAAAUUCAGCAAUCAGUUGGGAAAUCUGGGGAACUGUCUUUCUUGCGUGCAGUUUUAGCUAUGAAGAAACCUCAAAGACAAGAAGAAGUUAUUCACUUGUUGAAUGAUGUUCUGGAUACUCACUUUUCAUCAUUGCAUGGCUUACCUCUUGGCGUACAGUACUUUGAAAAACUGAACCCUGAUUUCUUGCUGGAAAUUGUUAGAGAAUAUCUUACUUUUUGCCCAACACAGCCUGCAAAUCCAGGACAACCCCUUUCACCACUGCUCAAACACUGUACCUCAGUUCUUGAAACUGUGGUAAAAACUGUACCAGGUCUUCUACAUGCUGUCUUUUUAGUUGCAAAGGUGAAAUACUUAUCAGGUGAUACUGAGGCAUCUCACAGUGUCCUACAGCAUUGCCUGGAACAGAAUCCUUCUUAUCCAGAUGCUCAUUUACUUAUGGCUCAGGUUCAUUUGUCCCAAAACAAUUUUAAGCUCUGUUCUCAGUCUCUGGAACUCUGUCUGAGCUACAAUUUUGAGGUGAGAGAACAUCCCUUGUAUCACUUAAUUAAAGCCCAGACCCAAAAGAAGAUGGGAGAAAUAUCAGAAGCUAUUAAGACUUUGCAGAUGGCAAUGAGUUUACCUGGAAUGAGAGGCACUGUGGCUUUCUCAAAAUCAAAAGCAAAAAGAAAUGAAAUUGAUGCAAGUAAUCGUGUAUCUAUCUUUCUGGAAUUGGUAGAAGCUCAUCGUUUGAAUGGAGAACAGCAUGAAGCUGCUAAAGUGCUGCAAGAUGCCAUCAAUGAAUUUACUGGCACCCCUGAAGAACUACGAGUUGUGAUUGCUAAUGCAGACCUGGCUCUUGCACAGGGAGAUAUUGAACAAGCCUUAACUAUGCUCAGAAAUAUUACAUCUGAACAGCUGUACUUUGUACAAGCCAAAGAAAAAAUGGCAGACAUUUAUCUUCAAUACAGAAAAGAGAAAAAGUUAUAUGCAAGCUGCUAUAGAGAUCUGGUGGACAAACUGCCAAGCUCACAUACUUUUCUUCUCCUUGGUGAUGCAUACAUGAAUAUUCAAGAGCCUGAAGAAGCCAUAGAAGUCUACGAGCAGGCUUUAAAGAAAAACCCAAGAGAUGGAAUUUUAGCAAGUAAAAUUGGAAAAGCCCUAAUCAAAACUCAUAACUAUUCAAAGGCAAUAAGUUAUUAUGAAGCUGGACUGAAAAAUGGUCAACAGAAUAUCCUUUGCUAUGAUCUGGCUGAACUCCUGCUGAAACUGAGGCAGUAUGAAAAGGCGGAAAAAAUACUUCAGCAAGCUUUAGACCAUGAGCCUGUGAAUGGGUUGUCCUCUCUAAUGGAAGAUGGACGUUACCACGUUCUUCUUGGAAAAAUUUAUAGCAAAAUGGAGAAGACAGAUGAAGCUAUUGUUUCUUUACAGCAGGCUCGGGAAUUGCAAGCCAGAGUACUCAAACGGGUUCAAAUAGAGCAACUGGAUGCAGUUCCUGCACAGAAACAGUUAGUAGCUGAGAUUUGUGCAGAGAUUGCAAAACAUUGUACAGCCCAGCGAAACUAUGAGAAAGCAAUUAAAUUUUACAAAGAAGCUCUUGUUCAUUGUGAAACAGAUAACAAGGUAAUGUUGGAACUUGCACAUUUGUACCUUGCACAGGAUGAUACUGAUGCUUGCCAACAUCAGUGUGCAUUGUUACUGAAGAAUGACCAAGAUAAUGAAGCAGCUACAAUGAUGAUGGCUGACCUCAUGUUCAGGAAGCAGGACUAUGAACAAGCUGUUUUUCAUUUCCAGCAGCUCUUAGAACGCAAACCAGAUAAUUACACAACUCUGUCCCGUUUAAUUGAUCUGUUAAGAAGAGCUGGGAAGCUAGAAGAAGUUCCAAGAUUUCUUAUAAUGGCUGAGAAACAUUCCUCCAGAGCAAAACUCGAGCCGGGUUUUCAUUAUUGCAAAGGACUGUAUCUUUGGUAUACUGGCGAACCAAAUGAUGCACUUCGACAUUUUAAUAGAGCCCGGAAAGACAGUGACUGGGGACAGAAUGCAGUUUAUAACAUGAUCGAAAUUUGUUUGAACCCAGAUAAUGAAACUGUAGGUGGUGAAGUGUUUGAAAAUCUGGAUGGUGACAUAGGUAAUUCCACAGAGAAGCAGGAGUCUGUGCAGCUGGCUGUAAGAACAGCAGAAAAACUUUUGAAGGAACUCAAGCCCCAGACCAUUCAGGGUCACGUUCAGCUUCGUAUCAUGGAAAACUAUUGCCUAAUGGCAACCAAACAGAAAUCAAAUGUUGAACAAGCACUAAAUACUUUCACUGAAGUUGUUGUUACUGAGAAGGAUCAUAUCCCAGCACUUUUGGGAAUGGCCACAGCCUACAUGAUUUUAAAACAAACUCCACGAGCCAGAAAUCAGUUGAAACGCAUUUCAAAAAUGAACUGGAAUCCCAUAGAUGCAGAGGAGUUUGAAAAAAGUUGGCUCCUUCUUGCUGAUAUUUAUAUUCAAUCUGCAAAAUAUGAUAUGGCAGGUGAACUAUUAAAACGGUGUCUUCAUCAUAACAGGUCCUGUUGCAAAGCCUAUGAAUAUAUGGGAUACAUAAUGGAAAAGGAGCAAGCGUAUAAAGAUGCAGCAGUAAAUUAUGAGAUGGCCUGGAAGUAUGGAAACCAAACAAAUCCAACAAUAGGAUACAAGCUGGCAUUUAAUUACUUGAAAGGAAAGAGAUACGUAGAAGCAAUUGAUAUUUGUCAUAAGGUCCUAAAAGCACACCCAAACUACCCAAAGAUCAGAAAGGAAAUACUUGACAAGGCUCGUGCAUCCUUAAGGACUUGAACCUUAUUUGUGUGAAUCACUGAAUUUUUAUCCAAUUUUGGAAAUUAUGUAUUGGAUAUUACAAUGAAGAAAUGGCCAUUCAGUAUGUAAAUAUUAGAAAUACUGCACACAUCAUCCAGAUCUCAUAUAUAGUUACUAUUCAAAGACAAAAGAGAUUUUUGUCUUUAGAGCUGUGGAUUUAUCUUUUCUCCAGUAGAGGAGGCUUUUGUACAUCAGGAUUUAAUAAACUAAAAAAGAAAUAGUAUGUAUGAAUUACAAUUUUGUAGUAGACAGGAAACUGAAUGACAAGUGAUUUCCAAUGCUAUUGUCUAGAAGGUACUAGCUUUAAACUGUAAACAAAUAACCAAUCUUGCAGUCCUGUUCCACAACAGGAAGAAAUUACUACUUUGCUGUGUGAAGAAGUGACAUCUGAAAAUACAAAUAGCUACAGUGAAAGCCACAUGUGUUUAUGUAGUACUGAUUGAAUACACUUCUCACAAAUGGAUUCACCCACAACUAGAAUAUUCAUCAUCUUCUGCUAAUGAUGAUUUACUUACUAUCAAAAAGUUUCAAAUAUAAUUUGAAAAUGUUUUUGGAAGAUAACAGACAUGUAUCCCAAACUAUACACUGUAAAUAACUUGUGUUUUAAAAUAAAAUAGACUAACGCUCUAUAAUUCCUGAGCACAUAGCAAUCUCUGAUCAGAGAAGAGGCAGGGAAUGAAUGGAACAAGAAUAAGGUGUUUCCCCUCUUAAGUGCUGUCAUUUGUGGCACAGCAUUUUAAACUCAAUGUAAUUUUUCUCCUCCUGGAGGUCACUGUUUUUGUUCAUCACUAAAGAAGACAACCUGUCCUUAAUUCUUCGUUAGUGAUUACUUAAGAUUUCUCAGUUCCAGCAAAUGGACUUAAUUAGCACUCUCAAUGUAAGCUUUCUUUAUACUGUUGCUACUGAGAUAUUUGUAAAUGAGGUUUAUUUUUACAUUCACUUUUAACUGAGCUAUAUGGUUAAACUGGGAAAGCAGUAAGUUUAUAUUUUAAUAUGGUUUUAAAUGAAAAGGACAUUUUAAAUGAAAUUUAGUAUUAGUAACAAAGAUUAAUUUUUGUAAUAUUUGGUAAAGCUAUUUAAAUAAUUGAUUUUCAAAAAAGAAAAUCAAUAUUCCCAGUUGUGAGACAUAUUCGUAACGCUCGAACUAGAAGUAUUUCAUUUUGAAAUGCUUCUGUUUUUGAUUGUCCAUCUGUUUAUGUAUUACAUCCAUGUAUAACUAAUAGUUAUGUGUGUGCAGCAAAUUAUGGUUUGUCUCAUUUAGUCUAUAAAUGUUUUGCAGAGAGAGAAGUUUGGGUAUAGCAAUCAAAGAUUUUGUGUUCUGUACACAAGAUAUUGGCUGUCCUAUAAGAACAAUUUCAUCCCAAAAAUGGAGAAGACUGACUAAUUAUUGGGUGCUGAAUGCUUUUCUCUUGACUGCUCUAAUAUCUUACGCUACAGAAAUUGUUACACUACAGCAUUAUGUCUUCAAAUAGCACAUUGUGUUUGUCUUUCUCAAAAAAGCUAUUUUGGCAAGAAAAGAGAACUUUUAAAAACAGUAAUUAACUUCCUAAAAUAGCCAAUGUCAGUUUCCUCAAGUAAUUCUGGCUCCUUAUGUUGACAUUUUAUAAGGUCCGUAAAAGUCAUGACACUUGAAAAUGUCUAUUAAAGAUGUGUAGCCUACAUAAAGGAAACAGCUUAAAAUCAUAUCUGACACAGCUACCAGUAAUUGGGUACAAUAUCCAGGUUGACUUUCUUUAAACUAACAGGGACCAUUUCAAGGCAUUUUGCAGUAAAAUCUGUGGGUGAGGGAAAGAACACAGGAAAUUGAAAAGUUAACUGCGUAGUUUCCUCUGACAGUUCUUGUUGAAGGGACUGUUUGGGAGGGCUGCAGAGGAAGGGACAUAUGCAGGUUCCAAACCUAUAGAUCAUGGGUGAAGAAAAGUUGCUGUCUUGUGAAGGAAUUGGCCCCUAAUGUCAUUUGUGAAUGAUUAUUUUGCUCAGAUGGAACAAUAUUGACUGCCACACAGAUCUUGUAUCUACUGUGCUCAGAUGUGUUUUAUGGUGCAGUAUGUCUACUCCUGGCCUUGUCUUCCCUGGCAAAAGUGAGAUCUAUAAUUCACUAAUGCAGCUCUACUGGUGGUGGUAGUGGUUAAAGAUGUUGUAUUAAGUAGGACUCAGGCAUUGUUCCUAGUGUGUUGUCUAACAGUAGGUGAUGUAGUAGUAGAUGACAUGGAAAAGGCUUAUAAGCAGGUCUGGACUUUCUGCAGCUUCCACAGUUGGUACCACCAUCAGAACUGCACCAGAGGGCACUAAUGAAUCACAGGUCCCUUUUUUGAUAGUGUAGAUACAGCCCCUGAAUCACUGAAGGGGAGCCACAGAUUCACCCAAUCUAUUCCGUCAGCCUCAGCCUCUCUCCAUUUGCAUUAAUGGGAGCUGGAUCAACAUUUGGUUUUUAAGUCUAAAGUGAAAAUUGAAUGGUCUAUUCCAUGAUGCUACUUAGAAGAUGCUAUUCAAAAGAGGCACGAGUAGUUCUGUUUCUGUAUCCAUUUAAUCUUUGUACAUAGUGUUGUUGUAGCCAGGCUGGUCCAAGGAUAUUAGCAAUACAAGAUAGGUAAAGUAAUAUCUUUUAGUGGCCCAGCUUCUGGUGAGAGAAAGACAGGCUUUCAAGCUUACACAGAGCUUGAAAUAUGUUAGCUACUUAUGCUAAACAAUCUGUUCCAUCUUGUAUUUAGUUGUGACACUGAGUACAUUUCCAAGACCUGAAGAGCUCUGUGUAAACUCGAAAGCUUGUCUCUCCCACCAACAGAAAUUGGUCCACUAAAAGAUAUUACCUCACCCACCUUGUCCAUUUAAUCUUGGCUGUCUCAUUUGAAAGAGCAAACUAUGGGGAGGGAGUAAGGAAGGUUUCAUCAUGGCCAUUUGUGAUGUAAACGCUAGUUGCUAGGAUCUGAACUGAGACCACAAGGUCACGCAACUACCAUCUAUCUGAUUGUUAUAAUUUCCUGUCUUUACCAAACAGGACUGUUUUCAUAUUGACAACCCUGGUAAAAGGCUUCCCAUCUUCCAUUUAAGAGUCCCUGAGCCUUCCAGUCCCUAAUGUCUUGUUAAGGAUGAAAUCUUUUUAGGAGGGAGGUGAGGGAAGAAACCUUUAAAUCCAAAGAUGAAAAAAUAUGCUGUGAUUAUAGACAGUCUGUCUUAAGUGUUGCUUAAAUGUACUUUUCUCAGAUGAAUUAAAUAUUGUUUUCUCUUUGGUCCAUAUGAACCACUUCA